AAGUAUACCGGGGCCCGAAAUGUAAUGUAAACAUUGUGGUCAAGAGGAAUGCAUUUAGACAGUAGGUGCUGUAGGAUAUUAUCAUGAGCCGUGAUAACGUGGCGGUGAGUCCGCGCGCCUCAGUCAGCGACGCGAGUUCGCGCAAAGCGGUCGUAUGUAUAUUCCGUGUCGGUCUAGUGACGUACGGAACUUUGUGUUCGCGUUCGCGUACGCGCCGCAUUCCAUCGUGGGGGCCCUUCGCCGCCAUUGGCUGAUCCCACGUGACGUCACUCCUCGUAAUGAGGUAUUCAACAUGGCCGUGUAGCUAGUUCGCGAGUGUGCUUCGUUAUUCGUUUGAAUGGAUUUAAUCAGUGAAAUAUGCCAAGGAGACGAAACGGUGAGAUACCCUUGCCCGACGGAUGGGAUUACGCGAGGGACUUCGACGGUAAACUCUAUUUUAUCGACCACAACAAUAGAAAAACGACGUGGAUUGACCCGCGAGACAGAUACACAAAGCCACAGUCGUUUGCGGACUGCAUCGGCAAUGAACUGCCGCUUGGCUGGGAAGAGGCUUACGAUCCUCAGAUCGGGCCAUAUUACAUCAACCAUGUCAAUCAGGUGACGCAGUUGGAAGACCCGAGGUUGGAAUGGCUGAGUAUACAAGAGGCGAUGUUGAGGGACUACCUCCACACCGCGCAGGAAGCUUUGGAGGCAAAGCGAGAAAUGUACGAUGUUAAGAAGCAAAGGCUGUGUCUAGCUCAAGAUGAGUACAAGCACCUAAACAACGCCUUGUCGACCCUCGCAGCUUCUAGAACCAGCUUGUGUUCAUCAACCACCUCAGUCACGACCACCUCAACCACCUCACGUCAUGAUCCCGAACAGUUGCGCUGCGAAGUGACGCAGGCGCGCGGGCGCGUCGCGCAGCUGCGCAAGGAGCUGCGGCAGGCGCGCGCUGAGGUGGCGUGCGCGAGGCGAGGCGUGGACACGCUUGCUGAAGUCGAACAAAAACUCAGCGCACAGCAAGGAUGUUACAACAUAACUGAAGCGCAAGCAAUCAUGACUGAGUUGAAGAACAUCCAGAAAUCUCUGACGUCGGGCGAGAAAGAGAGAGCCGAUCUUAUGCAAUCACUAGCCAAAUUAAAAGACGACCUAACAAGGUUGCAACUGGGCGAAGCGUCGCCAGACCUAUCGACACUAAGCCUGCCUCAAGAGAAACUUAGCACUGCCUCGCAAACGGACCUAUGUUCCGAACUGGUACCGAUUGGUACGAGACUAGCUGAAAUGGCGCGGGUUCGCCUCCAAUACGACGAAGCUAGAAAGCGGAUCCAACAGAUACAGCAGCAAUUAGCGGACCUGGAAGAUAAAGUGCAGCCGGGCCAAGCGGAAUCGGACAAAGACCGUCUACUGCUGUUUCAAGAGAAAGAACAGUUGCUUCGGGAGCUCAGAAGCAUAACGCCCAGGACGAGAUCGAAACAGGAGAUGUGCGACAUACAGUCAGAGUGCAAGAGGCUGGAGCAAGACUUGAAGAACGCGUUCGAGAUGUCGAACAAGUGCAUAGCGGACAGAUUGAGGCUACACGAAGAGAAGCAGUUGCUGCUGCAGCAAUUGAAGGACGCGUUGACGUCAAUGACGACGUUGGAGGGGCAGCUGAAGACGCUAUCGGCGUCCACGCUGUCGGUGUCCAGUAGUUCGAGCUUGGGGUCCCUUUCUACGGCGAGUAGUAAGGGCUCAUUAAGUUCGGGGAUUAGCUUUACGGAUAUAUACGGGGGACCUCAGAUAGCCACCUUCCAAGCGGACAAGCCUAUCGAUAUGGUCGAUUUGCAUAGGCGUGUUGAGAGACUGCUCCGCGGGUCGAGCGGCGAGGGCGGGUCGCAGCCCUCCCUGUCGCCGCGCAGCAGCCUGUCCUCCGCCAGCCCGCCGCCGCCGCCGCCCUCUUACACGCAGGUGGAAAGACAAAGGCGACAGCAGCGGGAGUUGGAAGAGAAAUUAGCCGAAAUGCGGAUAGGUGUCGCCACUGGGCUAAACGAAGUCACAGGAUUGGCUACAAUCCCCGUGCAAGUGCAAGGUCCGGGCCGGCCGGGCGAGCCGCUGUCUCCCAUCUCGGAGACUCCGCCACCGCUCUCACCCACUUGCUCCUCUAGUGGUACAAACACUAGAUCGGUGUCAGCCGCGGUAAGCGACGAAUCGGUGGCCGGCGACUCCGGGGUGUUUGAGGCUGCGCAGGCGGCUGAUUGCUCUAACGCGGUGAACAGUGCCCAAAUUGAGAUCAAAUUGCGGUACUGCCCCGACGAGAGCGCGCUAGAGAUUGGCAUCAUACGCGCGAGGAACUUGCACGCGCUUUACAUAGACAAUGGCACUGAGGUCGCGGUCCGCGGGGCGCUAGUGGUGGGCGGCGGCGGCGGCACCGUGUUCCAGGCGGCGGCGCUGGCGUGGCGCGGCGCGACGCUGGCGUGGCGCAGCACCCGGCGCGCCGCCGUGGGCCCGCGGGCGCUGCGGGCCGCCACCCUGCAGAUCAACUUGGCGGCGGAUGGCGAGUGUUUGGGUUGUACCCAAGUGAGCUUAGCGGAUUUCGACCCCGAGACAACAUCACAGAAGUGGUAUAAUGUUUUGAGCUUCAGGAGUAUGAGGAGAGACGAGAGUUCUGAUGAAUCUACUGUCAUCUCUUCACAAACGUCCACUCUUACGAGGAAUAGAGGUCCAGAAAGCAUGGCGGCUGCAGAAUGUAACGUGGAGUGUGGUGAUGACUCCGCGUCUGAUGAUGAUGAGGCUAGAGAACCACUUAAUCAGAUAGUAGAAGAGGAUUCUUUCGAAGACUACAUUCCUGAAGAAGAGUUAAAUUUGGAAGAAGAGUAUCUCCCUUCCACGGCGGAGAAGGAGACAAACACCGAGUGUAACUUCUGUCCGGAGGGCGCUAGGCAAUUGCACAGACGGAAAAGUCAACAAGUAAGCACUAACCAAGAAGAGCCGUUGGCGACCAUAAAGCGAUCUCAGACAUUCUCACCGCAACCCCAGAGUAUCGGCAAAGGGCAUUAUAUUUGUAGACUGAACCGUUCCGAGUCGGACUCUUCGAUGUGGCAAGGCGCUCGCCGGCCGCCUCCCCCCGCCGGUAUUCCCUUCGACAGAACGCUAAGGGAACGACGCUCGCUUAGAUGGGGCCGAGCCCGCAGCGCGGUGGUGCGGCACAGCUCUAGGCAGCGCAGCGCUAGGACAUCAUUGGACCUAUCACUAGACCUAAAAGCACACUCCUCCCGGCUGCAAGACCUGCGCCAGGAGAUACAGCAUCUCACGCAAUUGAAGAAACGGCUGGAGGAGGCGUGUGCGGCCGGCGACCCCGCGGUGGCGGCCUGGGCGGCGCGCGACGACGCGCUGCGGCGGCUGCUCGGCGCCGCGCCCGCGCCCUCCGCCCCCGGCGCCCCCGGCACCCCAGGCACCUCGGCCUCCGCCCCCGCGCGGGUGGCGCGCCUGUUCCAGCGCACCUGCCGCGACGUGUACCGCCUGCGGAAGUCCCGCCAGGGGAAGCGGCCCGACCUGGUCACUUUCAAAGAGAAAAUCGCAUUCUUCACCCGACCGAAGGCGACGGUGCCCGUUCUACCUGACGACCUCAACUCGGAAGACGAUUGGGAGCAUGACCUGGAGGAGAGGAGCACUCCCGAUGGCCGGUCCUCGAAGACCUCGUUCGAGAGACGGGACCAGGCCACCCAGGAGUUGGAGCAGGUCGUGGAGUGCAAGAACCCGUGUAUACCAGAGGACACCUUCGAGAAUCGAGACCUGAAGAUCAAGGAAGAUGACGAGGUUCGGUACGAUUUUGUGGUCGAUAGAGUGCUUGGUGUUCAAGUUUAAUAUAAUGAGAUAUUCUGAAAGCCUUCAGCAAAGCCUUGUUAGAGCUGGUUAAUUGAAAAUUUUCUCACUAAUAAAUUCAAAUUUCAAUUUCAACACCUUUAUUUGAAAAUAGAAAUGCUAGUUUACUCAAAAUGUUGAAUACUAGAGAUGAAUAAAUAGAAAUUUUUGAGGGUUGCCAUUUUGUUUAUCGUGUCCAUUGUUUAGAGCGGAAUGGAGAGUGUUGCCAGCUUAUGAAAUAUUGUUAAAUUCUUUGAUAAUUGUUUGUAAUUGUUCGUUUCGAUGUUCUAUUGAUUCCUAAAUGUCCAUUUAAAUUCCAUUUAGUUGAAUAUAUUAUUUAAAUUAUUAUUGUUAAAAGUCGUUGGAUUAUCUGGGUACAAGGUCUGGUUUUGAUCUGCGAUUUAGUAUUGCCAUUUUAAGAUAUUAUUUGACGUAUUCAUUGAAAUAUUUCGUCGAUUUCCUAAUAUAGGGUUAUAAUAGAAAUGGUAGAAAUUAGUAGAUAUCCAGUAAAGUGUUGCAACUUCGGCACCGUUAUUGUUCGUAAUUACUGUGAUUAUUAUUGCCUAUUGAGAUUUCUGGUUAAAGACUGAACUGAAAGUGUUUUAUUAACGUAUAUAUUUGAUAUUGGAUAUACAUAACGUACGAAGUGGGUGCCAUAACAGUUCCGGCUUGUUCAAAUUGAUGUUACGUUUAUAUAUUUUAUAUGUGUAUGCGGGUGUGUUGAGUGCUUAUUUACAUUUAUAUGUUAAAGCGUUUCUAUACAGAACUGUGUCAGUUCAAAAUGAAAAUAAUAUUUAUUAAAAAAAAAAUUUAGAUUUUUUUAUAAUCAUUUGGAUUUUUAUGUGAUGGCAACAAAAUACUGGUAAUUCCCCAUAGCGUGUAAUACCAAAAGGUAUGAUUUAGUUAUACGUAAUAAAUGAAUAUUAUUAUUAUGUGGUGUUAUACUUGACAUCUAAAAGCCAGUAUUUGAAAGCAUCAAGUUUUAGUCUCCGUUUAAUAUUCAUAACUUAAUAUAUAUAUUUACCGUAAAUGUUGUAUUAAUCGAGAUAUAUAUUUGUAUAAGCACUUAACAAACUCAUAGUAAUGAUUCGUACAAAAAAGUGCCUUAUUCGGUGCCUGAGCGUUCGUGCCAUACGGGCAGACGUACAAGCGGUGAGUCACAAUAUAUGCCAAAACGUAGUGGGUUCGAUUCUUGUAGAGGCCCAUAGUAGACCACCGAAUAGCUUGGCCAAAAACGCUUUGUAUAUGGCGUGGGUUCGUGUGGGUUGACGUGUUUUGGGCUGUGUUUCUACCAUUUCUCAAAAGAGUGGUAGAAAUACUAGAUAGGUAUAUUAGAUACUCGUAAAAUAUCGAAUGUUGUUGUGUGUUCUUGAAAUUCCAUGAAUGGUAUAAAAGAUAAAUUGUAUCCGAAUAAGGAUUUAUAACUAUUUAAAAUAGAAAACUACCAAGUAGAAAUACAGCCCAAUACAUUGAUUAAAUUAUUCAUUCCUUGACUAUUAUUUAAUUUAUUGUUGCCUCGAAUCAUGAAUAACAAAAUCCAAUUAUACAUUUCACUAACAAAAUCUACCAAAUUGGUAGAAAAUUAUAUAAAUGUUUCGAGGUUACGUUCUAACGUUGGAAAACGUGCAAUAAGUUAAUUAUGUGUAAAUAUAUCACAGAUCAUUGUAUUUUAACCAUUCGAUCUGAAUUGAAACUGAUCAAUUUUCUCAUUUCAUUUAGUUAUUUAGACGGUCCAUAACUUUAAUGUAAAUUAUGUAAAACAUGUAAAUAUGAGAUUAAAUAGGAAUUCUGAUUAUGUUGUUCUGUUAGAAAUAAUUGUUUGUAUUAAGUUUUUUUUAUAAAAUAGUAGUAAGUAGGAUGUAUAAAUGUAUAUUUUAUAAGUUUUUUUUGUAAUUACGUAGGUGAGUUUGGAUUUGCCAAAAUAAUAUAUGUUUUAAUUCUUCCAUUAAACAAAGGGAUUAUAUUUUGUAAAGAUGCCAAUACUGACGAUAGCAGUUAAUAUAAAAGUGAAAAUAAAAAUAAUAAAUUAAUA